UUCAUGAUGACUUUCAGAAAGACAAAUGUCUUCCCACAAGACUUUCAGAAUCAAGCGCUUCCUGGCUAAGAAGCAAAAGCAGAACCGUCCUAUUCCUCAGUGGAUUCGGAUGAAAACUGGUAAUAAGAUCAGGUACAACUCCAAGAGGAGACACUGGAGAAGAACAGCUGGGUCUGUAAGGAUUCCUCUAAGAUGCGACAUGUUUAUGCUGGGAUCGACUGUUAGAAUUCUGAGUGAAGCACUGUUGUUUUGCACUCUUGAUUAGGAUCCCAC